UAGUGGUUGUCUAUUGGCUUUUAGAGAUGAUCUGUCUGAAUGAGAAACUGUCGGUCUGAAGUUAUACAACCUGGUACUUGUUGCUGCUGUUGCUUGUUCAUCCGUUCUAACCCGUUACUGUAGCGUCUUGGGGUUGUCCUCCCGCGUGGAGCAUGAACUCCAUCGACCCUUCAGUCCACCACACCUCCUCUCCAUCCGCCAGCUCUCUCCAACCCCAGCCCAAGGGCGCCCAGGAGCCGCAGGAGAUGGCUGUCUACUGCGACAAUUUAAACAUGUAUCACCACCAGCAGAGCUUCCAGGGCGCACAGAGGCCGUCUGGAUACGGCUUCGGAGAUUACACAUCCUCCCCCAACCCAUACCUUUGGCUGAACAGGCCCGCUGUCAACUCCGCAUCCUUCAUGCCGCCUUCCUACGGGACACAACGGCAGUUCCUCACCAACUCCCCCGGGUUCGGGGGUCCAGACCUGGGUUGGCUGUCCAUCGCCAGUCAGGAGGAGUUGCUAAAGCUGGUCCGUCCUCCCUACUCCUACUCUGCGCUCAUCGCCAUGGCGAUCCAGAACGUGCACGAGAAGAAGUUGACCCUGAGUCAGAUCUACCGGUACAUCGCUGAUAACUUCCCGUUCUACAAGAAGAGCAAGGUGGGGUGGCAGAACUCUAUCCGACAUAAUCUGUCACUUAACGACUGUUUUAAAAAGGUCCCCCGUGAUGAGGAUGACCCAGGUAAAGGGAACUACUGGACGUUGGAUCCUAACUGUGAGAAGAUGUUUGACAACGGGAACUUCAGGAGGAAGAGGAAGCGCCGCUCCGACUCCACUAACAGCACCAAGACAGAGGACGGCCGAGCAGCCCCGCCCAUCAAGACCUUUGACAGCCCCCAGCUCCUAGGCCCCGCCUCCCCAGACAUGGAGGUGGUCAGUGAGGGUCAUAGGAGCUCCUCCCCCCCGGGCCUGGUGUCCGGUGGCACUCCGUGUUUUAACAACUUCUUCAGCAGUAUGGCUGGGCUGGGCUCUGGAUCCUUGGGCUCCGGGUCCCUAGGUGCCUCUAGUCCCCCCAGCAGACAGACUGGCUCUCUGGGGUUGGUCAACGAGCUGACCAAUAGGAACAUUACAGCCCUCCAUAGCAGCCCAUACCACAACCACACCACCCACACCCCGACACAGGCCCCGGGCCAGGACUACCCGGGGGUCUCAGAUUCAGGCCACGGGGUCCACGGUCACCCAGCAGACAACCUGUCUCACUUCAACAGAGGAGUGUUCUGCAAUACCUUCAGCGGAGGGGGGCAGGAAGGACAGUUCAACAGCCACUUCUACAACAGCUUCAGCGGAGGGGGGCAGACAGGACAGUUCAACAGCCACUUCUACAACAGCUUCAGCGUCAAAGGUCUAAUAUACCCCAGAGAGGGCACGGACGUGUAGCAUACAAUGUAUAAUGUGUAUUUGUAUUCGUAUUUAUUACGGAUCCCCAGUAGUUCCUGCCAAGGAAGCAGCUACUCUUCCUGGGGUCCAGCCAAAUUAAGGCCGUUUAUCUUUUUUUUUUUAACAUUACAAUACAUUCACAGAUUUCACAACACACUGUGUGCCCUCAGGCCCCUACUCCACCACUACCACAUAUCUACAGGACUAAAUCCAUGUGUAAAGUGCAUAUGUUAUCGUGUGUGUGUGUAUGAAUGUGUCUGUGCCAAUGUGUGUGUUGCUUCACAGACCCCGCUGUUCCAUAAGGUGUUUUUUGAUCUGUUUUUAAAUCUAAUUUUACUGCUUGCGUCAGUUACUUGAUGUGGAAUAGAGUUCCAUGUAGUCAUGGCUCUAUGUAGUACUGUGUGCCUCCCAUAGUCUGUUCUGGACUUGGGGACUGUGAAGAGACCUCUGGUGGCAUGUCUUGUGGGGUAGUCAGGGUGUCUGAAAUGUGUGCCAGUAGUUCAACCAGACAGCUCAGUGAAUUCAACAUGUCAAUACCUCUCACAAAUACAAGUAGUGAUGAAGUCAAUCUCUCCUCCACUUUGAGCCAGGAGAGAUUGACAUGCAUAUUAUUAAUGUUAGCUCUCUGUGUACAUCCAAGGCCAGCCGUGCUGCCCUGUUCUGAGACAAUUGCAAUUUUCCUAAAUCCUUUUUUGUGGCACCUGACCACACGAUUGAACAGUAAUCCGGGUGCGACAAAACUAGGGCCUGUAGGACCUGCCUUGUUUAUAGUGCUGUUAAGAAGACAGAGCAGUGCUUUAUCAUGGACAGACUUCUCCCCAUCUUAGCUACUGUUGUAUCAAUAUAUUUUGAUCAUGCAAUUUACAAUCCAGGGUUAGUUUAGUCAGCUCAACUUGCUCAAUUUCCACAUUAUUCAUUACAAGACUUAGUUGUGAUUUAGGGUUUAGUGAAAGAUUUGUCCCAAAUAAAAUGCUUUCAGUUUUUUAAAUAUUUAAGACUAACUUAUUCCUUGCCAUCAAUUCUGAAACUAUCUGCAGCUCUUUGUUAAGUGUUGCAGUCAUUUCAGAAGCUGUAGUAGCUGACGUGUAUAGAUAGACACUGGCUUUACUCAAAGCUUGUGUCAUGUCAUUAGUAAAGAUUGAGAAAGUAUUGGGCCUAGACAGCUGCCCUGGGGAAUUCCUGAUUACCUGGAUUAUAUUUGAGAGGCUUCCAUUAAAGAACACCCUCUGUAUUCUGUUAGACAGGUAACUCUUUAUCCACAUUAUAGCAGGGGGUGUAAAACCAUAACACAUAGGUUUUGCCAGCAGCAGAUUAUGAUCGAUAAUGUCAAAAGCUGCACUGAAGUCUAACAAAACAGCCUCCAUAAUAUUUUUAUCAUCAAUUUCUCUUAGCCAAUCAUCAGUCAUGUGUGUAAGUGCUGUGCUUGUUGAAUGUCCUUCCCUAUCAGCAUGCUGAAAGUCUGUUGUCAAUUUGUUUACUGUAAAUAGCAUUGUUUCUGGUCAAACACCAUUUUUUCCAGAAGUUUACUAAGGGUUGAUAACCGGCUGAUUGGUCGGCUAUUUGAGCCAGUAAAGGAAGAUUCACUAUUCUUGGGUAGCGGAAUGACUUUAGCUUCCCUCCAGGCCUGAGGGCUCUGGUAGGCUUAAAUUGAAGAUGUGGCAAAUAGGCAUGUCAAUAUCAUCUGCUAUUAUCCACAGUCAUUUUCUCUCCAGAUUGUCAGAACUUGGUUGCUUGUCAUUAUCGAUAGACAACAAUUAUUUUGUUCACCACUUUCACACUCACGUUACAGAAUUCAAAAUUACAAUGCUUGUCUUUCAUGAUUUGGUCAGAUAUACUUGGAUGUACUUGGUAUACUUGGACUGUAAUCCUUCAGUUU